AUGUCGGCGUCCAAUCGCAGAAAACAUGUUCCAGUUUCUUACGUACAAAUUGAUGGAUUGGUUGUGUUGAAAAUGAUUAAGCACUGCCAAGAAGAAGGAACUGGUGGAAAUGAUUUGGUUCAGGGAGUGCUGCUCGGAUUGGUGGAGAACAACAGACUUGAGGUGACAAAUUGUUUUCCAUUUCCAAGACAUGCUGAUGAUGAAGAAUUUGAUGAAGUGCUGUAUCAGCUGGAGAUGAUGAAGAAUCUUCGUCAUGUUAAUAUUGAUCAUUUGCAUGUUGGAUGGUACCAAAGUACCUUAUUUGGAACCUACUUAAACAAAGCCCUUCUUGAUUCUCAAUUUAACUAUCAACAUAGCAUUGAUGAGUCAAUUGUACUUGUUUAUGAUCCUAUCAGGACGUCCAAAGGUCUGCUGGCAUUAAAAGCUCUCAGACUGACGCCCUCCAUGAUGCAGUUGUACAGAGAUGGAGAUUUCACUCCAGAUACCAUAAAGAACAAUGAACUUAGUUUUGAGACAAUGUUCGAGGAGGUGCCUGUAGUUAUCACCAAUUCUCAUCUUGUAAAAUUCUUGCUGUGUGAAAUUGAGGAGGCCAUGCCCCAGGACAAUAAAUACUCCUUCCUUGACCUGUCAUCCAGCUCAUUUCUGGAGAAGAAUUUAAGAUUGCUGAUAGAUUCAGUUGAUGAUUUAGCUCAAGAUUCAAACAAGUUUUUCAACUAUCAGCGAACAUUAGCCAAGCAAAACCUUGCGAAGCAAGUAUACAUUAACAAAAGGCAACAAGAAAACAAGUCGCGCCAGGAUAGAAAUGAACCUCCUCUACCAGACGAUGACAUCAAUAAGAUGUUCAAACCACCUCCAAUGCCAUCAAGAUUGGAUUCUUUGUUGUUGACUGCUCAGAUUGGCACCUACACAAAUCAGAUAUCCGACUUAGCCAACCAAAACUUGGGGAAGUUAUUCAUUGUUGACCAUUUACACGAGGAUAUUGCAGGUGCCAUACAUUAA